ACCGACAACGAGUGUGCUGCUGCAUCGUCGGCAUCGCGAUAGAACGUCGUCGGGUUCCCGUGCCAGUUGAUAUAUAAGAGCAGACCCAAUGCAGUCGGCAGUUUAGUUUGAAAGGUGAUUACUUCAAACAAGACCAACAGGCCGUCCUGGCUCUCAUUCUCUCAGGUGCUUCCUGUUACUGAUUGAAGUGCUCGCUACAGCAGCAGUAAAGGAGGCUCUCUCAAAAUUUGAAAUCUCAAGUCCUAGUUUGGUCAGUUGUGUUGUGUCCUGGAAGAAAGUUUAAGAAAGUGCAAAAGAAGCUGACAGUGUAACGAGUGUGUCAAGAUGCCUACCAACGGAAUGUUUGACGUCGCUCUGCAGGUCAUCGAGGAUGCGAACCUGUCCAGUGGAUCGGACAGCGCUGGGGUGUCCGAGGACGAGGAUAUGCAGCUGUUUUGCACCACCGGAAACGUGGUGUCCUCGAAACCGUUGAAGAAACCCUCGCUGAAACCGGUCACCACUGUCAAGGACGAAGAUCAGAACAAGAUGAAAACCAACGCCAAGCGGUACGCCAGUUUGCCAAACCGCGAGCAACACCAGCGAUUCUUGACGGACUUCCUGUCCGAAGUGCUCAACAAUGCCAUUUUCAAUGCGACCGAUCGCAGCAACAAAGUGCUCAACUGGGUUGAUCCCGAGGAACUGAAGCGUUCAAUCGAUCUCUCCCUGAAGGCUGAACCAGAUUCGCACGAGAAGCUGCUCGAGCUGGCCCGGGCCACCAUUGACCACUCGGUCAAAACUGGACAUCCAUACUUCAUGAACCAGCUCUUUUCCUCCGUGGACGUAUACGGGUUCGCGGGACAAUGCCUUACCGAUGCCCUCAACCCAAGCGUGUAUACCUUUGAAGUGUCCCCGGUGUUUGUGCUGAUGGAGGAGGUGGUCCUGAAGGAGAUGCGAACCAUCGUUGGCUUCCCCGGCGGCAGCGGCGAUGGCAUUUUCUGUCCCGGCGGUUCGAUGGCCAACGGGUACGCCAUCAGUUGCGCACGCUUCAAGCACAUGCCCGAUGUCAAGACAAAAGGAUUACAUUCCCUUCCGCGCCUGGUAAUUUUCACAUCGGAGGAUGCCCACUACUCGAUCAAGAAGCUGGCCUCAUUCAUGGGAAUCGGCUCGGACAACGUCUACCCGAUCCGGACCGAUGCCGUCGGCAAGAUCCAACCGGAUCACCUAGAGGCUGAAAUUUUGCGCGCCAAAUCCGAGGGCGCUCUGCCAUUCAUGGUAUCCGCAACGGCAGGAACCACGGUGAUCGGAGCGUUCGACCCGUUGGAGCAGAUUGCCGACCUGUGCCAGAAGUACGACCUUUGGAUGCACGUGGACGCGGCCUGGGGAGGCGGUGCCCUGAUGUCCAAAAAAUACCGCACGCUGCUGAAGGGUGUCGAGCGGGCGGAUUCCGUCACCUGGAAUCCCCACAAGCUGUUGGCCGCACCCCAGCAGUGUUCGACCUUCCUGACCCGCCACGAGGGCAUCCUGUCCGGGUGUCACUCGACCAACGCGACCUACCUGUUCCAGAAGGACAAGUUCUACGACACCCAGUACGACACCGGCGACAAGCACAUCCAGUGUGGCCGCCGCGCCGACGUCCUCAAGUUCUGGUUCAUGUGGCGCGCCAAGGGCACUUCCGGUUUCGAGCAGCACAUCGACAAAGUGUUUGAGAAUGCGGAAUAUUUCACCAACAAUAUUAAGGCGCGGCCCGGCUUCGAGAUGGUCAUCGAGAAUCCCGAGUGCACCAACGUGUGCUUCUGGUACGUUCCGCCCGGUCUGCGGCAGGUUCCCCGGGACAGUGCCGAGUUUGGCGAACGACUCCACAAGGUCGCCCCCAAGGUCAAGGAGCGGAUGAUGCGCGAGGGAUCGAUGAUGAUCACCUACCAGCCCAUCCACGACAAGCCCAACUUCUUCCGGCUGGUGCUGCAAAACUCGGGCCUGGACAAAUCCGACAUGAACUACAUCAUCGACGAAAUCGAACGGCUGGCUAGCGAUUUGUAGAAACCAACCAACCACCCAACGCGAAACACUUUGUUGAGUUACGAAUAAUUUAUAUAUUUUUUAAAAACUUUAUAACUAUAUAAAUGAAACCAUUGAUACGAGAAGAAGGUGUAUUUAUCGAAUGCAUUGUCGCGCGUGAUGCGGAAAGCUGCGGGCAACUUUUGGGUGCCUGGCAAAUAUGGAAAGACUAUUUCCCCCUUAUAAUUACGCAUAACUAACUACUUGUAAGCUCUAAGUUAUACUGGAUAGAGUGCACUGAAGCAAUGAUGCGUGGAUGGCGUAUCAUAGGAUGGUCACUUGUAAGCAUGUACAAAGAAGGAUAAAUAAAAUCGAGUUUUGAAACUUUUCAAAA